AUGCAACUGCAGCUUAAGAUUUUGCGAACUCCUUCGGGAAAACUGCUGUCAGAGUAUCAGCUAAAUCUGCUCAGCAAAAAUAACAUAAAUUCCGUGCUCGAUUUCCACGAGGCAGAUGAGAAGAAACUCCACCAGAUGCUGGACAUAAGUGUGGAAUCUGUGCGAGAUCUGAAGAAGGAAUUGUCCCAGCUGCCAAAAGACUCUGGUGAGGAUGGCACUCCGGAUUUGGAAUACGGCACGGGCAUGGAAGAAUUAGACAAACUGCUGGACUCCGUGGAACAGCCCUUCAAGCAGGGCAGGGUGUGGGAACUCAGUGGACAGACGGGUGUGGGCAAGACCCAUCUUAUGCACACCUUGGCCCUGAAUUUCGUGUGGAAACACGGCCUGAAAGUUCUAUUCGUCGACACCAAGAGGGACUUCUCCUGUCAACGAAUACAGGACAUGCUCCGGGCACGGCACUUGGACAAGGACACCUGCGAAAGAGCCAUGAAAGCCAUUCAGGUGGUGGAGGCUCGGACGGCUCCCGAUCUAAUCGACAUUUUGAAGGCCUUCGAUCAGCAACUGACCUCGAAUGUCCAGGCUGCCAUGCAAACUAAAUUGGUGGUGAUUGAUUCCCUGGCAGCUUGUUUUGUCCACUAUCGCGGCAAGAGGAUGCAGAUGCUCAGGAAAUCUCUUCUCGUGGAUCUUGCUUGCAAAAUCCGGAAGCUGGCUGUACAGGGCGUGGCCUUCAUUAUCGGCAAUUUGUCCUUCUUCGAAAGAGAUGCAGAUAAUUGUAAUGAUGAGGGCGAUGGCAACAAUGAGGAGAGGGCGACGCGUCACCAGUUGGAGCCCAUGCUGGGUGCCUACUGGAGCUCGGUGUGCACGCUUAGGCUGUCGCUGGAACUGCCGGUGGAUGAUGAUGACUCUGCCGGGCAGGUCGACGGCCUGCGCCUGGUGCACGUCCUUUCGAACACCUAUGGCCCCCCGGGUGGCCACUGUCUGGUGCGCAUCACGCAGGCCGGAGUGGUCUAG